AUGAUAUACUUCUACGUUCUGACGGCCAUAGUCGCCGCCCUGAACGGUAUUGGCAUGCGCCAUGCCGUUCCACUGACAGGGAUCAACCCAUCAAGCUCGUUUAUCGCCCGAACCUUCAGCUCCUUGGAAAUCGCCGCAUCCAUUCACGGUUUGCGUUCGCUUCAGCCCAUCGUUUUCUCCACCCCGGUCGCCACCAUUGAGGAUGAGUUCCUGCUCCAGCAUACUCUCAACCUGAAGAUGUACAAAGACGCCAAGAUGGCUCUGGAAAAGUCAUCUCUCGACCUUGGCCAUCUUCCACGCCCCCGAAACAUCACAUCACCAAGCGGAAACAUGAGCCACUGGAACCAGGCUGAUGAAGGGCUAUGGGACUGGGAGACCCCCACGUCCCAGCCUGACACCAGCCACUGGGCCCUUUGUUUCGUUGCUAUCGUUGCCAUGAUCGCGAUGCAAGCGUUUAUUUCCAUGUGGACAUUCGAUCUCAAGUGCCGCCAAGGUACGAUCGAAGGCGACCUCGACGAAAUUCGGUAUUACCACCAAGACCAGCACGAAUCCUUCGAAGAAAUGGCUGAAGUCUUUGAAGGAAUGGGGGAUGAGUUCCUUUCGCUCACCAUGUGGCAAUCCGAUGCUGGGAGAAAGUUCCAAGCUCUAUCAGUGGAGAGCUACGAAAACGCGCAACGCAUGGAAGGAAUUGUCAAUCAAGCUAUGGACGCCGUGCAGAAAGUGAUGAGCGGUAUCAAAGACCGAUUGGACUCCAUCAGCGGUGAACAAAAAUGCAUAUUGGAAACCCUUGAGAGGAAACUGGAGACAGUACGUAUCCAAUCCCGCAAUUGUGAAAAGUACACAGAGCGGUUGCCUGGAAUUGUAGAUAAUGUGAUCGACCUCAACAGGGUACUCAGCCAGGACCCCUUGACCGGCAACACGAUCUUGCACCUUUCCGACGACUUGAUGCAGAGCGCUGGGUUUAAGUCUGGACAGAAAGGUGCCUCCGACGACGUGCUAUCCCGCCCGGAAAGCCCUAAGAGAUCUGCCUUCACCCCAAGUCUCCGAGACCGACUCCCCAUCAACGCCUCGCCGCCCCCUACCUCCGACAAAGCUGCCGCGAGAGAUACAUCUGCACGCAAAGUCAACGUCCCGGACACAACUCCCAAGGCCACUAUGCCGGCAUCUAAGCGCGCUGAUCAAGUGAAAGAGCCCAUUGCCGCAUCUCCAAGCAACAGCACCGCUUCGUCCCACAAGGUCGCCAUGUCGCCAUUCAAGCGCGCCGAAGAGAAAGCUGCAGAGCCCCAGGUGAAGACUCCAGGCAACAGCACAGCCCCGACCACACCUCCCAAGACCAGCUUCCCAUCAUACAAGCGCACCGAGGAGAAGGCUGGAGAGCCGCAGGUGAAGAGCCCUAGCUACAGCGCAGCCCCGACCACACCUCCCAAGACCAGCUUCCCAUCAUCCAAGCGCGCCGAGGAGAAGGUUGGAGACUCCCGAGCUAAGACCCCUAGCUACAGCGCAGUCCCAGUCACGCCACCCAAGCGCGCUGGAGCCACAGCGGGCACCCCCAGCACGACCCCGAACCCAUCUCGCAAGCCUGUACCAUCACCUAAGCACGGUGCAGCCGAAGCGGGACAGCCCCCCGCCGCAAUCCCACGCAAACCCUCGGUCCCGAAGACACCUCAGCAGACCAAAUCGUCGUCAUCUGCGCCUGCUGAACCUGAAGCGAGAGAGCCCUUGAAUUGGCACAAUGCAAGGGCCCCGCCAGAGUAG